AAUCGGUCAUCAGUAUCUUAUCAUCUGAUGGAUCUGUGAUAUGGGGGAUACUAUAACUCUGUAAAAAUUAUCACACGUGUCAUCUGCACUACCUAUUGGAGAUCAGGGCGUCCUUUGAGCCCCGUGGAAUGCUAUGCAGUGGAGAGGUCAUCGGGAAACUUGAAACGUCGUGGAAUGAAUUACUCGAUCACUCAGGCGAGCUAUUCGAUCUAUCCUUCACAUUGAAGGUUGCCGUUGCAUAUCCUUGCAAUAACCGAAACGGCGCACUGUCUUAUUCCCUCUUAGACUACGAGAUAGCUCGAGACACAGAUGCAUGCCACGCACAAUUUGCUACAUACAUGACAAACGAGAAUAUCUCUCACCCGAUACAUGCUAUGCAGCAUUUGCGGUCGGUUCUGUAUUGUGUUCAGUCGGUCAUCCAGACCAUGCAACGGCUCUACCAACCUCGCGUGGGUCUAUCGGUAUUCAUAUCGAAUGUUCACCAAAAUUCUUGUGUACUCGACUUGUUUGCAGUCCUUGAGCACUUGAAUACUACGGGAGGAGCCGAGCUAGCCAAGCUGAAGUAUUCGCGCCUUCCAGCCAUACCAUGGAUCCUGCACACUUCAAGUUCAACCACUCGAGUCCUUCUGCAUGCCCGUCGAAGUCUUAUCAAUCCCGGAUGGCUGCUUAGCAUUAUGUUGGCCAUGACCAAUCUAUGCAUAGUACUAUUGGUGAGUGCCAAUCUAAGGACCAACAAGGGGCAUUUGGUAUAUGGCGACAUGAUUAUAUAUUCAUUACCUAUAGCCGUGAUUCCCGUGAAGCACUCACAAUUUAAUACUAAUUACUCGUACUUGUAAAGGGUUCGACAAUCUCCCAGCGCCUCCUCGAUCAACUCAUCCUAAGGCCUAUUUCCUGUUAACAUUGAUAUAUUAUGAUGAAGUUGUGAUUUUCCUUGUGAUGAACGCAUUUACUAAUGAGCCUAUCGCCGUUGUCAGGCUUUCUGAUACACCCUGAAGCCGGCGUACGUGCAGGAAUCGCAGUUGGACGUGGGAAUGGCAGCUGGCUGGCUGUCAUUAUUUCAGACGGAUAGAUUCGAGGCAGUGAACAUAGCUCUGCAGAGUCUGCACGUUGCGAGAUUAUCUUAGGAGAU